CUGCCAGGUCCUGGUCUCCGGAGCUCAGUGCUGACUGCGGGAGGCGGAGGCCGCGCCAGGAGAUCAGCACCGGGGACAGCACCAUGUCCCGCAGCCCGGGCUCCCCCAGCGCCUCCGGAUAAGGAGCGGAGCUCACCCCGGGGACAUGGCGGACAGGACGGCACCCAGCUGUCACCUCCGGCUGGAGUGGGUGUACGGCUACCGGGGCCACCAGUGCCGGAACAACCUGUACUACACGGCGGCCAAAGAGAUCGUCUACUUCGUGGCGGGGGUCGGGGUGGUCUACAACGCCCGGGAGCACAAGCAGAAAUUCUACCUGGGGCACAACGAUGACAUCAUCAGUUUGGCUCUUCACCCCGAGAGGCUGCUGGUGGCUACUGGGCAAGUUGGGAAGGAGCCGUAUAUCUGCAUUUGGGACUCGUAUGCGGUGCAGACCGUCUCCAUACUGAAGGAUUUUCACACUCACGGGAUUGCUUGUCUGGCAUUCGAUCUGGACGGUCAGCGUUUGGUGUCUGUCGGCCUCGACUCCAAGAACACGAUCUGUGUAUGGGACUGGAGGAAAGGGAAGAUGCUCUCUAUGGCACCCGGGCACACUGACAGGAUCUUUGACAUCUCUUGGGAUCUCUACCAACCUAAUAAGCUUGUCAGCUGCGGAGUGAAGCACAUAAAGUUCUGGAGCAUGUGUGGGAAUUCACUGACACCGAAGCGCGGUGUUUUCGGAAAGACGGGUGACCUGCAGACCAUAUUGUGCCUGGCGUGUGCGAGGGACGAGGUGACCUACUCCGGAGCGCUGAACGGUGACAUCUACGUGUGGAAGGGGAUGAACCUCGCCCGGACAAUCCAAGGGGCGCACACGGCAGGGAUCUUCAGCAUGAACGCCUGCGAGGAGGGAUUUGCCACUGGCGGACGAGACGGCUGCGUGCGACUGUGGGAUUUAAACUUUAAGCCUAUUACUGUUAUUGAUCUCAGGGAAACAGACCAAGGAUAUAAAGGUUUAUCGGUGCGGAGUGUGUGCUGGCGGGGAGACCACAUCCUGGUGGGGACGCAGGAUAGCGAGAUCUUCGAGGUGGUGGUGCACGAGAGGAAUAAACCUUUCCUGAUCAUGCAGGGACACUGUGAGGGCGAGCUCUGGGCCCUGGCCGUCCACCCAACAAAACCGCUGGCCAUUACGGGGAGCGACGACCGAUCAGUCAGGAUCUGGAGUCUGGUGGACCACGCGCUCAUCGCUCGCUGCAAUAUGGAGGAACCCAUCCGCUGCGCCGCUGUCAGUACAGACGGCAUCCACCUAGCGCUGGGCAUGAAGGACGGAUCAUUUACUGUACUCAGAGUCAGGGACAUGACUGAGGUCGUGCACAUCAAGGACCGGAAGGAAGCCAUCCACGAGCUGAAGUACUCGCCGGACGGAAACUUCCUGGCCGUUGGCUCCAACGACAGCUGCGUGGACGUCUACGGGGUGGUGCAGAGAUACAAGAAGGUGGGCGAGUGCCAGGGGUCGCUGACCUUCAUCACUCACAUGGACUGGUCCUCGGACAGCAAAUAUCUGCAGACCAACGAUGGAAGCGGCAAAAGAAUGUUCUACAGGAUGCCAGGGGGCAAGGAAGUCGCCAACAAGGAGGAGCUGAAAGGCGUGCAGUGGGCGCGAUGGACGUGCGUGACCGGCAGCGAAGUGAACGGCAUCGGACCCAAAUAUUCUGACAUCAAUGAGAUUAACUCUGUGGAUGCCAACUAUCUGGGGCAGGUGCUGGUGACGGCCGAUGACUACGGCGUGGUGAAGCUUUUCCGGUACCCGUGUCCACGAAAAGGAGCGAAGUUUAGGAAGUACCUGGGUCACUCCGCCCAUGUGACUAGCGUGCGGUGGUCACAUGAUUACCAGUGGAUUGUCUCCGUCGGUGGCGCCGAUCACUCUGUGUUUCAGUGGAAGUUCAUCCCGGACCGGAAAUUGAAGGACGCACUGCACAUCGCUCCGCAAGAGAGUCUGAUGGAUUCUAACAGCGAUGAAUCGGAUUCCGAACAGUCUGACGUCCCAGAGCUGGACUCUGAGAUCGAACAGGAGACGCAGAUUACGUACCGGCGGCAGGUGUAUAAAGAAGAUCUACCUCAGCUUAAAGAACAAUGCAAAGACAAACACAGAAGUGCUUCUAAGAGGAGGGAACGCGCUCCCUUGAACAGCAUACGCCUGCAUUUUGUGCACGGGUACCGGGGCUACGACUGCCGGAGCAACCUCUUUUACACCCAGACGGGAGAGAUUGUUUACCAUGUGGCGGCCAUUGGCGUGGUGUACAACCGGCAGCAGAACACGCAGAGGUUCUAUCUGGGCCACACGGAUGAUAUUCUCUGCCUGGCCAUUCAUCCACUGAAGGAUUAUGUGGCCACAGGUCAGGUGGGCAGAGACAGCACGGUGCACGUCUGGGACUGCGAGACAAUCAAACCUCUCUCUGUGCUGAAGGGACAUCACCAGUACGGGGUGUGCGCUGUGGACUUCUCAGCGGACGGGAAGCGUUUGGCCUCUGUCGGCAUUGACGACUAUCACACCGUGGUCUUAUGGGACUGGAAAAAAGGCGAGAAGCUGUCGUCAGUCAGGGGAAGUAAAGACAAAAUCUUUGUGGUGAAGAUUAACCCCUACAUUCCCGACAAACUGAUCACUGCCGGAGUGAAGCACCUGAGGUUCUGGAGGCGCGCAGGCGGGGGUCUGAUCGGACGCAAGGCUUGUAUAGGGACGGGCUCGAAGAUUGACACAGUGAUGUGUGUGGUGUAUGGCUGGACGGAGGACAUGUCCUUCACAGGGACCUCCAACGGGGACGUCUGUAUCUGGAGAGACAUGUUCCUGAUGAAGACGGUGAAGGCCCACGACGGGCCGGUGUUCAGCAUGCACGCCCUGGAUAAGGGAUUUGUGACUGGUGGGAAGGACGGAGUGGUGGCGCUGUGGGACGAUGCCUUUGAACGUUGCCUCAAAACCUACGCAAUCAAAAGGGCUGCACUGGCUCCGGGCUCUAAAGGGCUGCUCCUAGAAGACAACCCCUCCAUACGUGCCAUAUCGCUGGGACACGGCCAUAUCCUAGUGGGAACGAAGAAUGGUGAGAUCCUGGAGAUUGACAAGAGUGGCCCCGUCACCCUGCUCGUCCAGGGACACAUGGAAGGAGAGGUCUGGGGUCUGGCUGCCCACCCCCACUUACCCAUCUGUGCCACUGUGAGCGAUGACAAGACCCUGCGCAUCUGGGACCUGUCCCCCAGUCACUGCAUGCUGGCCGUGCGCAAACUCAAAAAGGGUGGCCGGUGCUGUUCCUUCUCCCCGGACGGCAAGGCGCUGGCGGUGGGCCUCAAUGACGGGAGCUUCCUGAUUGUGAACGCGGACACGCUGGAGGACCUGGUGUCGUUUCACCACAGGAAGGACGUGAUCUCCGACAUCCGCUUCUCUCCCGGCAGCGGGAAAUAUCUGGCCGUCGCCUCCUACGACAACUUUGUGGAUAUUUAUAACGUGAUGAGCAGCAAACGGGUCGGCGUGUGUAAGGGGUCGUCCAGCUACAUCACCCACCUGGACUGGGACACGAGGGGUAAACUCCUCCAGGUGAACACUGGUGCUAAGGAGCAGCUGUUUUUUGAGGCCCCACGAGGGAAAAGACAGAUGAUUCCAGCCCACGAGGUAGAAAAAGUUUCCUGGUCUUCUUGGACGAGCGUCCUGGGUCCGAGCUGCGAGGGCAUCUGGCCGGUGAUUGGGGAGGUCAGCGACGUGACGGCCGCCGCGCUCAGCAACGACGGCAAAAUCCUCGCCACCGGUGACGACUUCGGAUUCGUGAAGCUUUUCCGGUAUCCGGUCAAAGGGAAGUUUGGGAAGUUCAAGCGAUACGUGGCUCACAGCUACCACGUCACCAACCUGCGCUGGAUCCAUGAUGACAGCCUCCUGGUGACUGUCGGGGGUUCGGAUACGUCCCUAAUGCUGUGGACUCAUGAAGUGGAGGGACACCGGGAGAUGAGACAGUGCGACAGCGAGGAGUCCGACAUAGACUCGGAGGAGGAUGGAGGUUAUGACAGCGACGUAAUGCGGGAGAAUGAGAUGAUGUACACCAUCAAAGCCUUAUCCACCAAUAUCCGGCACAUGGCAGGAAUCAAACCUCACCUGCAGCAGAAGGAGCUGUCCCUGGACGAGAGGCAGGGAGUAGUCCGACCCCCAGUCAGCAGAGCGUUACCCCAGCCUGAGAAACUGCAGACCAACAACGUGGGGAAGAAGAAGAGACCUAUUGAGGAUCUGGUGCUGGAGCUGGUGUUCGGUUACCGCGGUAAAGACUGCCGGAACAACGUGCACUACCUGAACGACUGUGCUGAUAUCCUGUACCACGCUGCCUCCGUCGGGAUCCUGUACAAUGUCGCCACAGGAUCUCAGAGUUUUUACCAGGAACACACGGAUGACAUUUUGUGCCUCACCAUCAACCAGCACCCGAAGUUCACCAACAUAGUGGCAACUGGCCAAGUAGGUGAUGCGGCGGACAUGUCCGCCUCGGCCCCCUCCAUACACGUGUGGGACGCGGUGAGUAAGCAGACCCUCUCCGUACUUCGAUGCUAUCACUCCAAGGGCGUCUGCUCCGUCAGCUUCAGUGCCACCGGGAAACUGCUCCUGUCUGUGGGGCUGGACCCGGAACAUAGCGUCACCAUCUGGAAAUGGCAGGAAGGUGCCAAAAUCGCCAGUAAGGUCGGUCACAACCAGCGGAUCUUUGUGGCGGAGUUCCGCCCGGACUCGGACACCCAGUUUGUGUCUGUGGGGGUGAAGCACGUGCGGUUCUGGACGCUGGCAGGGAGGGCGCUGCUGAGUAAGAAGGGGAUGCUGAGCUCCAUAGAAGACGCCAGGAUGCAGACCAUGUUGGCGGUGGCUUUCGGAGCUGGAAACCUGACCUUCACCGGUACAAUCAGCGGAGACGUCUGUGUCUGGAAGGAUCACAUAUUGUCGCGGAUUGUGGCCAAAGCUCACAAUGGGCCGGUGUUCACCAUGUACACCACCCUGCGGGACGGGCUGAUCGUCACCGGGGGAAAGGAAAGGCCGUCUAAGGAGGGCGGCGCAGUGAAGCUUUGGGACCAAGAACUGAAGAGAUGUCGCGCCUUCAGGCUAGAAACCGGCCAGACGACCGACUGUGUGCGAUCUGUGUGCCGGGGGAAGGGUAAGAUCCUGGUUGGAACUCGCAACGCAGAAAUCAUUGAAGUCGGGGAGAAGAACGCGGCCUGUAAUAUCCUGAUCAAUGGUCACAUGGACGGACCCAUCUGGGGACUGGCCACUCAUCCCACCAGGGACUUCUUCCUAUCAGCCGCAGAGGACGGGACCGUCCGGUUAUGGGACAUAGUAGACAAGAAGAUGCUGAAUAAAGUGAAUCUGGGCCACGCGGCCCGUACGGUGUGUUACAGUCCCGAAGGAGACAUGGUGGCCAUAGGGAUGAAGAACGGAGAGUUCAUCAUCCUGGUCGUCGCCUCCUUAAAGAUCUGGGGGAGGAAGAGGGAUCGGAGGUCGGCGAUCCAAGACAUCAGGUUCAGUCCGGACUCUCAUUACCUGGCGGUGGGAUCCAGUGAGAACGCGGUGGAUUUCUACGAUCUCACCAUCGGCCCCUCGCUGAACCGCAUCAGUUACUGCAAAGAUAUCCCCAGCUUCGUGCUGCAGAUAGACUUCUCUGCCGACAGCCGCUAUGUGCAGGUCUCCACGGGUUGCUAUAAGAGGCUGGUCUAUGAAGUGCCUUCAGGAAAACUCCUUACGGAACAAGCUGUGAUUGACCGGAUAACAUGGGCCACCUGGACCAGCGUCCUGGGUGAUGAGGUGGUGGGGAUCUGGUCCAGACACGAGAAGUCAGACGUGACGUGCGCCUGCGUCUCGCACUCAGGGAUCAGCCUGGUUACGGGCGAUGACUUUGGAAUGGUCAAACUGUUCGACUUCCCCUGUCCUGACAAGUUUGCAAAGCAUAAGCGCUUUCUGGGGCAUUCAGCCCAUGUGACCAACAUAAGGUUCACCAGCGCGGAUCGCUAUGUGGUCAGUGCAGGAGGUGAUGACUGCAGCCUGUUUGUAUGGAAAUGUGUCCACAUGCCGCACUGAUGACUAAACGACUAAUCGUGGGCGGAUCCGGAAGAACAGAGGUUCCUGCAGAAUCGUGGACAAGUCGCAGUCAUCCGGAGCCAGACGUGUCCUACUGAGAAGGCGGGAGUCAAGCGGAUCAGCUUUACCGGGACGCAUGCGCUGCCUCUCUCCGCGGAUCUAUUCAGAGCAGGAGUCGGUGUUACUAUCUCACUUGUGCCAGUUCUCGGACAGGUCCGACCCGUUUUGCCGGAAGGACGCAGUGGUUACUUAGCGAACCGAUUACGAUGAUUCCCUGAUGAUGGCGCAGAGCAGCCUGGACGUACGGCGGGCACCAGGGCCUCGCUCUAAUCGCUGUGCCGGCCGGGACGCGAGUGCCUUCCCUUUCUCUCCCAAAGUCUGACGUUUCCCGUCUUUGCCUUGUGCAGUCCGUCCCGCGCUGCCGUUGCCAUAUCUAUGUGCUGCUUUGUUUCUUUUGGACACUUCCAGCUGUGAUGAAGACGACGUUCUCCGGUCCGCCGUUACCUCUUCGGUGCUAGAAGGGGCCGGUAUCUCAUAUUGGGGCCACACAGAGCAUAUAAAAAAAACAAAUAUAAUUUCUUAUAAGUU